GAACGAUGUAUUCAAAAGUACAUGAGUUUGGAACAAACCAUGAAUGAUCUCUAUGAACAUGACCAGAUUCCUCAUCAUAUCACUAAAGCAAUUUGGGAACAGCUUGAAAGAGACAUCCCAGAAUUCUUCAAUAGAUACAAAAAACUAUGCGAAUUGGUUCGUCAAAUAGCUAUGUUUAAUGAGUUGCUUUCUCAGCAACGUGAUUUGAUGCAGGAAUUUACUGCUACUGCACCACCAGUAACAGAGUUGCAUAAACCUAAUGAUGAUCAUCAAGAUCAGAUUCAUGAGGAGUGGUUUGACUCUAGCGAUUUUGUUUUUGGAGAUGAUGAUUCAUUCUCUUCUUUCGAUUUCAUGGAUUCCUUUGGUGCAACUGAUGAUUCAAUUGCGUCUCUCAUCGAUCAGUCAACAUUUCCUGCAACAACACACUCAGAUCCUUCUACAUCGUUUGCUGCAACGCCGCAAUCAGAUCCUCCAGCGUCGAACGGACUAAGAUAUGAUAUUGAUUGUGAUGGUUCGAGUUUUGAAAAAACUGCUAAAGAUUUAGAAGAGCAACAACAGAGAAUGCAACAAAAAGUCCAGAUACAACAACAACAUCAUCUGAUGGACCAAAAACAACAAGUGUGCUAUCCUCAGCAACAAGUGUGCUAUCCUCAGCAACAAGGACCUCCUACAACACUAGAGAAAACAAAACAUAUGCAAGAUCCAGAAGCUUGGAGCAAUCUAGAUUUUGGUGAUGGAUCCACCAACAGGAACAGUAAUGGCUCAGAUCCGACAUCAUCUCUGAAGUGAAAACAACAACGACACCAUGCAAUAGAUUGAAG